AUGAAGUUCACUGGAUUGACCGUUUCACUCGCCCUUGUUAGCUUGGGCCACUCUGCCGCUCUUCCUGUCUUCGGCAAUGUCCAGGGUACUGUUUCCAGCAUUGUUGCGCCUAUCACCUCCACCGCUGGCGGCCUGACUGGUGCGCUCAAGCGUGACAAUACGGCUGCCCUCGGUGAGACUGUCGAGACCAUCCCAAGCCUUGCCAACAGCGCUGUUACCAUUACCGGCAGUGCUGUUGGUACCGGUGAGAGUCUAGUCUCUGGGGCCGCUGGUACCGCCGAGAACACCGUUGCUGGUGCCGGUUCAGUUGCGAAGCGUCAACUCAACGACCUCGUUGGAAGCACUCUCGGAAGCGCUGUUCCCGCCAUUAUCCAAGAAGCCAAAGCUGGAGGCCUGGCUGGUGCCCUCAAGCGUGACAAUACUGCCGCACUUGGUGAGACCGUCGAGACUAUUCCAAGCCUUGCCAACAGCGCUGUUGCCAUUUCUGGCAGUGCUCUUGGUACUGGUGAGAGUCUUGUCUCUGGCGCCGCUGGUACUGCCGAGAAUGCAGUUGCUGGAUCCGCCGCGAAGCGUCAGCUCAACGACCUCGUUGGUAGCACUCUUGGAAGCGCCGUUCCCGCCAUUAUCCAAGAAGCCAAAGCUGGAGGCCUGGCUGGUGCCCUCAAGCGCGAUGGAUCUGCCGCACUUGGUGAGACCGUCGAGACCAUGCCCAAUCUUGCCAAUAGCGGUAUUUCCAUCGCUGGCAGUGCCGUUGGUACCGGUGAAAGCCUUGUCUCUGGCGCCGCUGGAACAGCAGAGAACGCUGUUGGUCACACUUAG